GGUGCUAUUGCGCAGGUGCGGUAAGUUGUGUGUUCCUGUCUGGCGGUCGCCCCUCCCUGAACUCCGAUAUUCUCAUGUCAGGACCCAAAUUUACCCCCUAAAACUCCUCCUGCCGUCUGAUCCUCGGUCAGAGUACCCUCCCCAGGUCCACUUCUCCCCCCGGGCGCUCGGAUUUUUCCCCCAGGGACGCUUACGGGUUGGCACCGUUGUUUUUUGUCGCGCUUGGUUGGCGUUGUUUACUGACCCGGCGGGACCUGAGCAAGCGAUGCCCGACCGUCGGGAUGCUGAGGAGAGAACGCUGAGGCAAGCGUUCCGACAGGCAAACCACGACCUGAACAGCGAGCCCGAGUCCGCAGCCUCCAUACUACAGUCUGUCAAGGAACAGGAACUACAGUUCGAGCAGCUAACACGAGAACUAGAGGCGGAAAGACAGAGCGUCGCCAACCAACUCGAGCGCUGCAAGUUGGGAUCAGAAACAGCCAGCAUGAGUUCGAUCUCCUCCACGGACGAGUCGUUCCACUGGCGCCCGCCGCAGCAGCACGCGCCCGAGGACGACGAGAGCGACGCAGACUCCAAGAUGUCCGGCUCUCAGCUGGUCGACUCAUGUCUUAAAGUCCUGCAGGAGCGCGGUGUGAUGGACACACAUGAUGACCCCAUGGAGGGGAUGAAGGACGCCAUGCCUCACCCCGACCGGUACGCGCCGGAGCGGAGCUACAACGGCGGGGGGAACGGGGAGGCGCCGGUUCACACGUCACACCAGUCGCUACACAGCGUGAACAGCGCCCACUCGAACCCCCACCCUGGCGGGGUCACGACAUCGCAGCCAGAGUCUGUCACCGUCACUAAGGUCAUCCACACCCGCACAGUCACUGAGGUGACGCCAAGGCACCACCCUACAGAUAAUUACUACGAUCCGUACCGCGGUGACAACACGUCUAACCGGGGAACCCCACGGCACAUGGACCCCCCGCCGCCACAGAGCAACUACAGCGACCCAUACGAGGGAAGAAAUCCGUACGAAGCUCCGGAGACCCUCCCCGAUGAGGACCCAGGUCCAGCGGUGUACCGAAACCCGUCCACGGACACGAGCGACUACUACCACAACCCGACGCCGCCGCGCGAACCUGAACCAAACUACUCACGACAGGACUACCAUAACCCCUACACACCCAGCAGGGAGUACUCCAACUACAAUGGGCAGCCUCCGACAGACAACUACGCUCCCGUGUCGUACAUGGAAGACCCGGGAACUCCGGUCAUGCGGGCGCCGCUGGCCGAACCAGAAACGCCGGGCAGCAUGGGCUCUCUCCGGGCGCACACGCCUUCGCUGGACAGCACGCACCGGGCCGACCCCAUGGCCUGGCGCGACCCGGAUCUCCCCGAGCUGAUUGAAAUGCUUCGGGAGCCACACCCUCCCGUACAGGCCAACGCUGCAGCGUAUCUACAGCAUCUCUGCUACGGGGACGACCCUGUUAAAGCUAAGAUCAGGUCCCUGGGCGGUAUUCCUGAGCUGGUUCAGCUGCUGGACCACCCGAGUCCGGACGUGCACCGGAACGCGGCCGGCGCGCUGCGGAACCUCGCGUACGGGAAGGCCAACGAUGAGAACAAGAGCGCCAUCAACAACGCCAACGGGAUCCCCGCCCUCGUACGGCUGCUCAGGAAAACACCCGACACUGAGGUACAGGAACUAGUGACGGGUGUCCUGUGGAACCUAUCCUCCCAUCCGCCGCUGAAACAGGCUGUUAUUGACGACGCCCUCGCCGUGCUCACAAACCGCAUCAUCAUCCCGCACUCCGGCUGGGAGGCCAGCCCAGACGCUGACAGCAAACCUAGAGACAUACAGUGGUCAGUGGUGUUCCGUAACGCGACGGGUUGCCUGCGGAAUGUGAGCUCGGCGGGGCCGGACGCGCGGCGGAAGAUGCGGGAGUGUGACGGGCUAGUGGACGCUCUGCUCCACGUGCUGCAGACCGCCAUCGGCAAGAACGACAUGGACAACAAGUCCGUGGAGAACUGCAUGUGCGUGCUGAGGAACCUCUCCUUCCGGCUGCCGAAAGAAGUGCCAAGCGCACAGAGGUACGAGCUAGCAGAGCCGCCCAAGUCGUCGCAGCCCCCGCCCAAGAAGAAGCCGACGAGCUGCUUCGGUUCGGGGAAGAAAAAGUCAGAAGACAGCGGGAUAAAACAGUGGGAUGGAACGGGACCCAUCCCGCAACGCGCGGAGCCUGCAAGGGGACAGGAGCUGCUGUGGCAACCAGAGGUGGUACGUCCGUAUCUGUCCCUACUGCUGGAGUGUUCAAACCACGACACACUGGAAGCCGCGGCGGGCGCUCUACAGAAUCUCUCGGCGGGGAAUAACAAAUGGGCAGCGUACGUCCGGGCCAUGGUGCGGAAAGACAAGGGGCUGCCGGUGCUCGUCGAGCUGAUCCGCAUGGACAAUGAUCGGGUUGUGCGUGCCGUGGCGACCGCCCUGCGAAACCUCUCGCUGGACAACCGGAACAAGGAACUGAUUGGGAAGUACGCCAUGCGGGACCUGGUGUACCGACUUCCCGGUGGCGACAGCGCACCGAAAACGUCCGAGCCAACCAUGGUGGCGAUCCUACACACGCUGCAUGAGGUCAUCUCCAAGAACAUGGAGAACGCGAAGUCUCUGCGAGACGCGGGCGGGAUCGAGAGGCUCGUCACCAUCAACAAGAACCGGGACAAGUACUCACCCGAGGUCGUCCGGGCGGCAAGACAGGUCCUGGCCACGCUCUGGUCCUUCAAGGACCUGCGGCCCGUCUUCAAGAAGGACGGGUGGAACGCCUCGCACUUCCCGCCGGCCAGAGUCGCGGCGCGCCCGCCUGGGUCCACCAUGGCCCGCGGCGCCUCGCCCGGGGCGGGGCUGGAGUACGACGACACCACCCUGCCCGCGGCCGGGCCCCAGGCCAACUCCAACGCCUACUCCACCCUGCCGGACGACAAGGCCGCAGGCAGGAGGCAGCUCGACUUCUCCCAGGACAACGGCACCAGAAACACAGGAGCAGAUAAAAGCCGUGGAGGUGAAGAGAUCCCAAUGACAGACCUGACACCUGGCUAUGCUACUGUGGAGAGAGAUACAAGGCCGGAACAGAACUUCCAGCCACCGGUGGGAGGAGUGCCGGUAUUUGGAACACCCAACCAGCAGAAUCCAGAACCUCUGUAUGCAAAGCAGGUUAAUAAAGACAAGAGCCGGGCUCAAGACUACGGUUACGUGGACGACCCUGACCCAAGGACGUUCCAGCUGGAGGAUCCCGACCCACAGAAACCCACGGACUCCUGGGUCUGAAUCAACCCACGCGGGGAAAAAACCCCGACCCACG